GUGGGCGUUCGCCACGGCCAUUGAUCUCCUUGUGCAUUGAAAAGGAAAGGUUGGGUGGGUGNGGGGGGGGAGGGGGAGGGAGAAAAUGAAGCGUCUAGCCGACGGGCCUGGAACGCGGCUGCGGACGAAAAAGGCAAAAACUGGAGCGAACGAGAGCAGCCAAGAUAUCUUGAGACAAAUUGCCGAGACAAAGCACAUCGGGGUUCAUCAGAGGCUGCGCUUAUAUAAUGCCGAUAAGCCAGUGUGCCAUUGUUGCAGGUCGAACUCGAGGGAGAAUCCUAACUGCUUUUGCGGAUUUGCUCCUCCGCCGAAUGGCGUGAGGAAGCAGGGUCUGUGGCAGAAGACACCGGAUGUUGUGCUGGAACUUGGGCCCAAUCCAGAAGAAAGCAUGCGAUCCGUGAUGGACCGCCCCAUUGGUCUCGUGAAUCUUGGCGCCACUUGUUACGUCAAUAGUGUGUUGCAGUGUUUGUACAUGAACACGGCCUUCCGGGCCGGUCUGUUUGCAGUAGAGACGGAUAUUCUUAUGCAGAACAAAGUCCUGUAUCAGUUAGGCCGACUCUUUGCUGAACUGCAGCUGGGUUUGAAGAACGCAGGCGAUCCUCGAGAGUUCGCGAGGACACUGCACUUGGAUAAUGGUGUACAGCAGGACGGGCAAGAAUUCAUGAAACUGCUGCUGACUUUGUUGGAAACUAUGCUCGCAAAGUCCAAGAGGGAAAGUGUUCGAGGACUCGUGCAAGGCCUAUUUCGAGGAACCUUCUCGUAUGCGACCAGGUGCUGGGAAUGUGGAUUUGAGUCGGGAAGCUCUGAGCAAUUGGUUGACUUCUAUGAGUUGGAGGUGAAUGUCAAAGGAUUCCGUGGGCUUGAAGAAAGCUUAGAUGACUAUCUAAGUGAAGAGAAGCUGGAAGGGGAGAAUCAGUACCUCUGUGAAUACUGUGGGAGGAGGGUGGAUGCGACACGUUGUGUAAAACUCAGAUCAUUCCCUCCCAUUGUUAACUUUCAGCUGAAGCGGUUUGUCUUUAAUCCAAAGACGGCAAUGAAGAAAAAAGUUACAUCACGGUUCAACUUUCCGAAAACUAUUGACCUGGCCCCCCGACUCACAAAGCAUGGAAUGCAUACAAUUCAGGAUGAAUCUGCUGGAUUGGUCCCGAGGUGUGCGUCAGACCCGGAAGAAGGCCGGUAUGUAUACGACUUGAUGGCGAUCCUGAUACACAAAGGAAACAUGGCAUCCAGUGGACACUAUAUUGCACACAUUAAGGAUGAUGUGACAAAUGAAUGGUGGCAGUUCGAUGAUGAGACAGUCACAUGCCUUGGUUGUCAUCCUUUGGGAGAAGCAAUGUCCACUCAGGGAGAGAUCAACCCAUGCAGGGCCUCCUCCAGCCCGGAGAUUGUGAUUAUGGAUGAUGACGGGGACAGGUUAGAGGGGACUGGGAAUACUAUGACUGUAGGCGGCCCAGCAGGAACUGUGGAUGGGAAGAUCGAGGGGGGCACAGGUCUUGGCAGCAGUGGAGCUGAAGCGGCAGUCGUUCAUGAUCCUAACAUGCUGACAUCGGCCGACGCCUAUAUGCUGAUGUACAGGCAUCGAGUGAAUCCGCAAAAUGAAGAAGAGAAGGCUGAUGGCAUUGCUCCGGAGGCAGACGGCCUUGUUCAAGGUGGAGGGGUUGAAAUUAAAGAGGGUGCAAACUCAUGCCCCAAGGAUACGGGCGAUCUGCUGAAUGGUGCAAGCAGAGGUGAUUUUGCCGAAUCAUCACAGAGUCGUGGGAGUGGUGAUGGAGGUUCUGUGGCCAGCACUCUUGAGUGCAAGAUAAUCUCUCCUCAGCCUGAGUUUUGCCAUGAAAUACAAGCCUGUAACCAGGCUCUCCAGGAAAGUUGUCUAGAGUACAAGGAGCGACUUGAACAGGAGUCACUGAGAAUCAAGGCGCGAAGAGAGGAAGUUAGAACCAUUCUUUCGGAGAUUGCUGUGAAUGCUCUUGAAGAGCCUUUCUUCUGGAUCAACUCUGAUUGGCUUCGUACAUGGGCUGAUAGUGCGAGGCAAAUACCGCCGAUCGACAACAACGUGCUGAAAUGUGAGCACGGCAAGGUGCCGCCUUCCAAGGUUACAAGCAUGAAGCGUAUUUCAGAGAAAGCCUGGACGAAGCUCUGCGGGCUGUAUGGAGGAGGACCAGUGUUAACAGGGGAUGAUUGCUGCGAGGCCUGCAUUUUUGAAGAAGCAAAAGCCGCAAUCUCUGCUGACUCUUUUCGGGACGAGCGAGCCGCUGUUCGCGAGAUGGUGGAGAGCAUGAUGAACAAUCCGGAGACCUGGCGAGGACCAUGCUUUUAUGUAUCCAAACAAUGGCUGAACCAUUGGCUGCGAAGAAAACAAGUAGAUGUCCCAAGCGACGCUGAUUCACAGCCUCUUAAGAAUCUGGUCUGUCCUCAUGACGGCCUGUAUCCAGAGCAGGCACCUUAUGCGAAGCGGCAGCUGGUUCCACAAGCUGUGUGGGAGUACUUUGCAAGGGUGGCAGCUCAAGUUGAGGGUGUUGAUGUGGAUAGUUAUAGAAGCUUCUCAGAGCACACAGAAGACUGUUCCAUUUGUGAGGUUGAUAUGUCUAAAGAGGCAUUGAAGCAAGAGGAUUUGAGGGCAAGUAAGCUGGAGGAAAGACAGGUAUUGGAGGCAGUGUACAGUGGGCGGCCAGUGCCCAUUCAUUCCGACGGAGUCUAUUACCUUGUGCCGACUGACUGGCUUCAACGUUGGCGAGCAUUUGUGUCAGCAAGUGGGAAGAAUGUGAUGACAGUGGAAGGACCUGAUGGUCUUGAGGCUGGUCUCUCCUCUCUCAUAUGUGAGAAGCAUUGGAGAUUGCUUCAUCCGCCACCUGAGCUGACAAUUCGGAAGGACGAGGCCGUCCAGCGGUCUAUGAAUGAGGAGGCGUUCACAGUUGUGUCGGAACGUGAUUGGUUUCUGUUGCGAGAUAGGUGGGCCAAGCAUCAAGAUGGUGGCCUUCUGGAGAUCCAGGCCAGAGUGCAAUGGGUUCAAGUCGAGGAAUGUGAUGUCAGUCAGGGGGGAAGUUGGAAUGCGAAGGCGAGCACGGCCUUUCCAAAAAGAGGGAGGCAACGGAAAAAUCGUGUCGAGGAAGAAAAAGAAAAGGAGAGAAAGGACAAGGACAGGGAUGAGCAACAGAAGGAAGAGGAGAAAGAGGACAAGGAAAUGGAGAAUGGGAAAUCGGGAAAUGCUGACGCAGAGGAGCCUAGGAUCGUCACCUCAAAAGUGAUGUGGCCGCAGCUAAUUACAGAACCACCGCUGUGCGCAGAGUGUAUAGCUGAUCGGCAGUCAACAGAGUUGAUCUCAAAACUUUCUUAUACUAAUGGGGAGAUAACAGUUGAGCUACUUCGAGGUACUGAACCUCCGCCGUCGAUGCUCUGUCCAGCUGCCAUGGGCACCGUAAGUGGGCAGGAAGGGGAGAGGAGAUCAAAGCGGGUGAGGAAGGCAACUGCAAUGACAGGAGGAAGAGCUGUGCUGAAGGUGUCAGGAACAAUGACUGUGUUCGAGCUGAAGAUGCUUGUUUGGGAAUCUUUAGGGGUAACAAGGGAAAACCAAAGGCUUGGUUUCGGCAAUAGGGAACUAAAUGAUAACAGGGCCACUAUGGCUGAUGUGAACGUUCUUCCAGGCGCUCGCCUGUGGGUUUUUGACACGGGCCAACAUCAGGACCGGGACAUUGCAGAGGAUCUGGUGACUGAAGUGAUACGAGUGGGAGAACCAGAGGAGGGCUUCAAGGGGACCGGGUUGUUAGGCCAUGGCAAGAGAGACAUGCAACCCUCCUUGAAUGGCGCAUGUGACCGAUUUCGACCCGCAACAGAGUUGGACCGUCAGGAUCAUCGGGAGGGGAGUGGAAGAGAGAGAGAGUUUGUAUGUGAAGGAGACGUAGGAUCAGUACAUACUAGUUAUAGAAAUGGCAGUUCCAUAAUGAGGGAGUUCACAGAAGCGGACAGAAGUGAGGGGAUGGCAGGGGACUAUGGGAUGUCAGCCCUGCAAAUAGAGACAAGGAGCCAAGAAGAGCAUGUAAGCAGAGGGGAUGGGAGAGAACCAUUGAUAAGACAUCAUGCGGAGCCAGGAGGGAUGAGCAAGAACCGAGGAGAAAAUGGAAGCGACGGUCAUGCUGAUGGCCAACGAGGACUGCGGCGAGGUCAGGAGCGUUAUCCUGAUGAUCGUGGAUGUGGCGGAGAGCAAGCUUUCACGUGUGGGCUGUAUGGUCAGCUGGCUGUUGGGGGCCAGGUAAGUGAAAGCAGUGUUGUUGGGGUUGGGGUAAGUGCUUCUGCUACAGGAAGCUUAGCAGGGGAUGUUCGAUGUAGGACUGAUAGAGCAGACAGCUCCGAUGUUGUGAUUCUGGAAGCCCAGAGGUCGUGGGGGCGCUGAUCUAUUGAGUGUUUCUGUUCUGCCGCAUGCCAUGCAUGCAGAAUAUACCCACCCGAAGUCCUUUAUCCCUACUGUCUUCUAUUUCUUGCAGCAGGCCACCCUGCAACCCUAUUAAAUAACCUUACAUCUGUAUCUUGGCUUUUCUCGGUACGCAUCUUACAUCUUGAAAAUCACAUCUGUAUCUUGCCUUUUCUCUGCAGGCUUCUUUGGCAAUAGGCAGUAGGGCACGUUUGUACCCUCUUGCCUGGUAAGAGGGGAUCAUCAAAAUUGUGUAUUUAGGAACGUGGGUCCGUAAGGCGUGUGCAUAGAUGGGUAUUUGCUGUAUUCAGAACAGGGUCUGUCACGGCCGCGUAGUUGGCUGGCUUGCUGUAUCAUCAUGUCGUGUGUGAGGGGGGUCGCAACAGGGUUUCAUUUCGCAGAAAAGGUGUGUGCGAGUGUGCUGUCUGGCAUGUUUGCCGUGUUUCCAUAUGGUGCGUCGUCAUGAUCUUGAGGCGUUUUUAGAACACUUUUCCAAAGAAAUUCUUCAGUAACCUGUUGUUUUAUUGUUCAGAUGUCAGAUGAGUGACUUCUACAGUUGCUGUGUGCAAUUUCAUUUGCUCCCUCUCACCCGGUUUACGCUCUACUCUCUGGAUUUCACCAUAUAGCUCUCUAAGGGAGUUUCCUUGUCACUUCCUUGCAUUGACUGACUGUCUCUCGGUCGAGCGCAGGUGCUUGGUGUUGGCCUCGAUGUCUCCUACUUUCUCCACCGGGUGCUGCUUUACCAACUACACUACACUUACGAUGGAUCGGGCAGUUAGUGCUUUGUGUUUUUUGUGCAUUAGGAAUGGCAGGCCUCAAGGGCACCAAAGGAGGGGAGUUGGUGGUCAAAAGGCAGCCUUGUUGGAGUUGUGAAACACGGUGGUCGGAUCUCUUGCUGCGACCAUUGUCAUGACAUUGCAACUCUGCAAAUGUAUAGUGCUCAUUGAAGAAGGGAAGAACAGAGGUAGGAAUACACGGCUUUUCUUUUGUUGUUGUAUUGGUUGGCACGAUGUCAGUUUGCAUUCUGUGCCAAAGCCUCCUGGCCUUCAGUCAAAGGUGGAUUAAUCAAUAUUGUUUUUGCGU